GCGCGCGUGUGACGUCACGGGGGCGAGGCGGCGGCGGCGGAAGCGGCGGCGGGGCCGGGACGGGCCGCGCUGCCCCCCCCCAGCCCUCAGAGACCCCUCGGAGACCCCCCCGCCCUCAGAGACCCCCCGCAGCCCCCUCGCAGCCCCCGCGCCGCCAUGAGCUGCCGGCAGCCGCUGCCGAGCGAGCGCGGAGCCAGACAGAGGAAGAGGAGAAGGAAUGGCAAUGAAGAGGAUGGUCACGUUCCCCAGACAAAGCGUAGCACCAGGAAUUCUGUCCUGCAGGACUCGUGGGACACUGAGAAGGUGGCUGUAACGAAGCUCAGUAAGGAGCGCAGACUAAAAGGAAACAAAGUGUCCUGUGCGUCCUCCAGCAGCGACAGCGGCAGCAGCAGCAGCAGCAGCUGCAGCAGCAGCAUCAACAGCCCCGACAGAGCGUGUGGUGCAGAGUCCAGCCUCAACCCCAGCAUUGCAGGAUCCAGCCCCGUCUCCUCCCAGCCCUUCCACGAGCAGUCUGCACUAAGCCAAGGUCCUUACUUCCACAUCAACCAGAUCCUGAAGGAAGCCCACUUCCACAGCCUACAGAGCCGGGGACGCCUCCCUACAUGAUGACCCAGCAGCUCCCUGCCUUCUGUGAAGGGACAGCACUGUGUAGAUUUGAUAUUUCAACUUCAAAGUUUGUUAACAUGGAAUUGCACAAAAUUGCCUGUUGCCUUUUCAGUCUAUAUUUGAAAUAACAGGUUAACAGGAGAUUGUUUACUUGUGGUUUGCUGCACUAUUGCAAUGCAAAAGGGGCUUUGAAGCAAUUUUUAUAGGAUUCUUUUUGGGGUGGUUCUAAAGUGCGUGGCAAGAGGAGACUGAGGAGUCCACAUGUGUGUUAUAGGAUUGCAAACUGUCCAAUUCCAAUCGACUGCCUAAUCUGUUUGUUAGCAAGUUGUUGCUUUCUGUAAAGUUCUCUUAAGCGUUCCUCUUCAGUUUUAUAAGUCUUUUUUUAAUUUCAAUAAACUAGUUAAAAAAUGA